AUGGACUCUGCUGCUCACCCUGCUGCCACUCCUGUCCCAGAUCUGGCGCUGGCCCUUGCUCCAGCCCUAGCACCAGUCCCCCUGGCACUCCCUGGCCUGAUAGGUCCGCCGCCCCUUCUCUCCUCUGGACAAGAAGUAGAUGGGCAUGAAAGAGGAGCUUGUCUUUGGAGGCCCUGGCUGUCCUCUACAGAUGACUCCCGAAGGCAGGUGAGAGAGCUGGUGGAUUUGGCCACUGGUGGGGCAGCAGCUGCUGAGGUCACCAAAGUUAACUCUGAGUUCCAUCACCCCGUCAGGCUCUUCUGGCCUAAAUCUCGCUCCUUUGACUACCUGUACAGUGCUGGGGAGAUUUUACUGCAGAACUUCCCUGUCCAGGCAACCAUCAACUUGUAUGAGGACUCAGACAGUGAGGAUGAAGAGGAAGAUGAAGAAGAAGAGGAAGAUGAAGAAGUGGAGGAGAAAGAGGAGGCAGAUGAAAAGGUGCCAGAAGGGUGUGUGAGGGUACCAGGGUCCACACCACACAGAGUCACAGCUCGUCCCCUUACCCUGCCCCUGACCUGUCCAAACUGA